AUGCAGGCCGAUACGAAUAUUGCCGCCAAGAUUGAGCUGCCCGGCCGGGACGAUCCAAAGGCUGAUAUCCUCCGCCUCGUGUAUAACUGGCUAUGGGACGAGCGGAACAGUCGAUGGCUUAUAAUACUUGACAACGCUGAUGACGACCGGGUCUUCUCCUCUACAAGCACGGACUCGGAUGGUGCCGCGCAUGGAGCGGAGGCUCCUCGUGAGGCGCCGCCCUUAGAGAGCUUACUUCCGCAAGUCUUCGAACGGAUGGAUACUGGUCACUUUACGAGACCUGGUUGCAGCAGUAAACCUCGUAGGGACGAGGCUCAAUGUUUUUCAAGUGGAGCCGAUGGCGGAGGAAGAUGCGCUGAUGCUGCUGAAGACUAG